UGGCUUGACAACAAAAUUAUGCCAAAACUAUUCAUAUUCUCGUUGCAAAUUCUAAGUUAAAUGAAUGCAUUGACCACCCACCAAAGUCACUCGUAACAUUACUAGAAAGUGGCCCUAUAUUUGUGCAACUAUUUUGCAAAAUGUUUGCCCACCUACACCCAAAGUAUGUCUUUGGUCUGUCUGCCACGUGCAAAUCCAACAAUGUCUGGUUCACUGACAACAAUACAAUCAUGUACCCUGCUGGAAACGCUGUCGUGAUGCUCAACCUGGACCAGAAGUCUCAAACCUUCCUUCAUGGCGUAGAGAAACAAAAGAGCACAACAUGUCUUGCAGUCUCGCACAAUCGCAUGUACGCUGCACUUGGUCAUACCGGGGAUGGCGAAGGAUCUAUCGCCGUUUUCGACCUAAAGUCCAACAAACGAGCCAAAACGUUAGUCUCGACCGACUACAAAGUCACCGAGUACGUGUCCCUCUGCUUCACAGCGGACAACCUUCACGUUAUCGGCCUCACCGCGGCGCCCGACUUUACAUGCGUGUUAUGGAAAUGGGACAGAUCCCGGGUUGUCGCAAUGGUAAAAGCGACCGGAGGACUAGGACCGGUGUAUGAGGUCUCCACAUCUCCAAUGGACUCCAACCUGAUCUGUACCGCUGGGAAGGACUGCUUUAAAUUUUACCGUUUUAAUGAAAACCAUCUCAAACAAUUUGGUUUCCAACGGGCCGACGAGAUUCACUUUCUCUCCUGCGCGUGGUACAAGUCAGACAAAAUGAUUGCCGGGACAGCCGAUGGGAAGUUGAUGCUCUUUGAACGGGGCGAGUAUCGACAUGACAUUGCCAUAAAAAAUGUCAAGAAUGAAAUCACCGGAGCUUUGGCGGAGAAGGCGAGACUCCGUCAGAAGGAUGAAACCAUGAGAAAGUCGAAUGCAGCGAUUGAAACGUUAGGAGGAGGGCCACCCCCACCGGCGAGUCAAACUGACGUCACAAUGAUCCAUGUUGCCUCAUCUGUUCAGCAAUUGCAGGUCGAUCAGGAUGUGGACCGACCCACGUCAAAAUUUAUGGGAGAUGAGAUCACCUCCAUUGCAACAUAUUCGAAAGGGUUCGCAGCCGCGUAUGGGGUCGGGAAUGUGGUAAUUUUCGAGGAGCAAUUGGUUUACACUGGACCGGACGAUCAUUACAAGCAAAUGUAUCUCAUCCGGAUUCCACAUUCCACUUCGGAGAGUGAAGAUCGCAUCAUUAAGACGCUUGCGAUAAGUCCGAAUGAAGAACUACUGCUAGCUUCGACUUACAAUUGUAACAUUUACAGCUUUCAGUUAAGCAGUGUGGAGAUUAAGGAACCAGAUGAAAUGGUGUUUGAAUUUGCAAAUUGUUCUUACCACUUCGGUCCCAUCCUUUCACUCGAUGUCGCCAUCAGAAAAUCCCUCCUCGUGACUUGUGGUGCGGAUAAGUUUAUUCGUGUAUGGAAUUUUCUUGCCAUGACGCAAGAAGCCCAAGCCGAGUUUGCCGAGGAGAUUUAUUGCGUCACUAUCCAUCCUAUGGGCCUUUUCGUACUGGCCGGGAUGGUGGACAAGAUUCGAAUGUACACAAUUUUGAUGAACGAUAUCCGCGAGUUGAGAGAGUGGCCGGUGAGGUCAUGUCGGGAGCUCAAGUUCAGUAAUGGAGGUCACUACUUUGCUGCGGCGAAUGGCAACAUUUUACAAUUAUAUUCUACAACCACGCUGGAGAAUGUCGCAAAUAUGAAAGGGCACAGUAACAAGAUCCGAAAAAUUUACUGGACCUUGGACGACAAUAAAGUCAUAACUGCUGGGGGUGAUGGUGCCAUUUACGAGUGGGAUGUGCAGACGGGAAAGAGAACGGCAGAUCUUGUAAAGCGAGAAUCAAAGCUGGCGUCUGUCGUGGCGACGCCAGAUGCGAAAAUUUAUUUUGCAAUUAAUUCAACGCACAUUAAAGAGAUUCAGAUUCAGGAGGGAACGGUAUGUACAUUCUGUCAAUAUACAAAGCUGUUUUUAUUGUGCACAUAUGACGAAAUAUACUGCAUCAGCGUCUCCUCCGAUAAUACAAUCAUCUUUUGGAAAAUGACCGAUGCCGAUGGACGGGUUGCCAAAUUGGAAAAAGAUUUGUGUUAUGCAACAGAAGUUUUGGUCACAAAAAAUGACCUCGAAGAGCGACAAGUCGCCAUCAACGAAUUAAAGCAGAAAUACGCCGAACUCAAGAUUGAAAUGGAUUACGCCCUCAAACGAAAAGACAUCACUUAUCAGGAAGAGAUUCGCGACGUGAAUAAUAAAUUUGUUGCCGACAUUGACCAACUUAAGACACGGAUUGAAGAAUUGGAAAAACUCAAGGACAAAAAUGCCGACGAGUACAACGCAUACUUGCUCGAAGUCAAAAAACACCAUCAGUCGUCCCUCAGCAAUAUGGAAGCCCACUUCAAUACAAAACUCAUCUCGGAGUUUGAAAAGUACAAUGCGUUGCAAAACCUUCUAGAGGAAACUAUCAAAGAAUAUGAAGGUCGACUAGUUACACUGGAGGAAGACAAAGGAAAAGCGAUUGAGGAACUGGUCGACUAUUUUGAUUCGAAGAUUAAAGAUAAGAAUGGUGCUUUGGAGCAGGCAUUCAAUGAGGCCCGAGUCCAAAUGAGUGAAAGUGAAGAAAUGAAGCGACAAAUUGAGGAGGACGCGGAUCAAGAGAUUUUGGAAAUGACGACGUCCUAUGAGAGAAAGCUGGGUCAUGAGAGAGAAAUGAACGCCAAACUGAAGGAGAAGGCGGGCAUGAUGACAAAUAAGUUUCAAACUAUGCAGAAGGAGAUUGAAGAGAGGAUGAAUGAGGUCCAACGCCUCCACUCAGAGUGCUCCAAACUGGUAAAUACAAUCAAGAGUACGGAACGAGAAGUCGUCCAGUUACAGAAGCAAUUAGUGGAUAGCGGUGUGUCGAAUGUUCAAAAGGAGAAAACUAUCGCCGAACUGCAAAAGAGUAAUAGUGACCUUGACAAAUUCAAGUUCGUUUUGGAACACAAGAUUAAAGAGUUAAAGAAAAAUAUUGAGCCCAAAGAGAGAGAAAUUGUGUACUUGAAGCAGCAAAAUACCGAUAUGGAGAACGAACUCGACGCCACAAUCGCGGUCCGCUCCGGACUUCAACUUCAAGUCAGUGAAUUGCAAAACAAGCUCAAAAUGACGGACCACGAGUACAAUACGGAGAAAAGGAUGCGAGUUCGACUGCAAGUUUUGCUCGAAAGGAUUCGUGGUCAUAUGACGCGAUGCAUGAGCGUCCUUCAGGAUCACAAACAUCUCAAGUAUACGGUCAAGGCUAUGUAUCAAAAGUAUGGGGAAGGAAUCCAAGCCGGAAAAGCUACGUCGGCAGAACAGGAAGCAAUUUGUGAAUUAGUCCGACAGAAACAUCACUUGGAAAUCUCACUGACUUCUAUUAAGCGAAAGUUGUCGAAGGAUGCCCAAUUUACGAGGACUGAGCAGCUGAAAAUUAUGCAUGAGAAUAUGAUGCUCGUCUACGAAAUCAACAAUCUUAGAGCUGAACUGAAAAGGACUCGGGACAAAGUGGCGUCAUACGAGACCGCUCUUGGAUUUAAUGCUUCACAUGCCACAGAAGCGGCUGAAAUGCGCCUUAAACUUCAGCACGCUAUUGAGGAUCGAGACGAGAUUGAUAUUCAACAUGACAAUGUUGUGGAGAUUAAAAACGCUUUGAUUGAAUCUCAACAAGAAGAAAUAGACACACUGUCUACCAAAAUUCUCAAAGUUCAUGAAUUCGUCCACGACACAGCUCGACCCGAGGGGGCCAUGGGGAAUGCAGCAAUAGAGCACAUCCGAUCGGUUUUGAGCACUGGCAACAACACCAAUUUACAGAGUUGAGCUCGCUAUCUUACAAUGCGAUGGUGUGAAGUGUAACCCUCCGAUUUGGCUGAAAUUUUGAAAUUAGGUGGUCU